CUCGCGAAGGUCAAGACGCUCUCUCGAGUCUGCUGAACAACGCUAUUACUGAAAAAUCCGCAGAUUGUCAACGACGACCUCUGCCUACUCCCACGCAGCGUCCCUACCCAUCGGCUUCAAAACCCACACCUUUACAAUGGGCCCACCAACCCGCCGCCCCCCCUCAACCUCCUCCAAUGCCCUUAACCCCCGCAAUGCCAUUGCCAUAAAGAAAAAGCUCGCCUUCCAACAAGGCCGGCAUAACCCCGGUCUGGAGAAGAAGAGCGAGAUGAUUCGCAGGACGAGAAUAAAGAGGGAGUAUUAUAAGAUGUUGGAGAAGGAGGGGAUGGCGGGUGGGAAGAUGGAGGUGGAGGCGGGGGAGGAGGAGGAAGAGGAGGAGGAGACGUUUGCGAAGCCGGUAAAAGGUCGAGCAGGGAAAAGCAAGCCCGCAGCACCGGCCUCCAGCGACUCAGAGGAGGACGUCGCAUCAGGGGCCCCGUCCACAAAACCCGCCCCAAGCCUCAACCCCUUCCGCAACGCCCCGCUCCCCUCCCGGGGCCAAAAGGGCAGCACAACAACCAAACCCCGCAAAGCCGACCCGUUCGCGAAAGCCGUACGUGAGGCGCAGAAGAAGAAAGCUGAGCGACAAGCGGCGAUUGAGGAGGCGCAGAGGUUGAAGAAGGAGAAGGAGGAGGGGAGGGAUGCUUAUUAUAAGAAGAGGAAUAAUGUCAGAGACAAGUUGCAGAUGAAGACCAGGAAGGGGCAGCCUGUUAUGGCCAAUCAGAUAUCGCAUUUGUUGGAUAAGAUUCAGGGGAAGAUCUAAGAGGUCUGAGGGCCUUUGACGCCCGACCAGCGCAUCUUUCUAGCGCACAUUGUAUAUAGCAUCGUGACUCCCGUCGGGUCGUAGUUACCUUAAAAGAGUCCCUAAUUUAUUCAUUUGGUUCACUGGCAAACACUCGAG